AUAGAGUCGUGGUGACCCCAUGACAGCUUAGCUUGCUAACUAGCUAACCAGCUAACUGAUGCAGGACGGUCAGGGCUGCUAGCUAACUCUGCUAGCUGGAUAGCUAACUACCGCCAAGAAGCUCAUAAUGCUAAGAAAUGGUUUAACAGGCCGGGAUCUUGGAUGGAGUAAGUGUUGAGCCCCAAUGAGAUGACUGACCAGGGCAACAACAACCAGAAUAUCUCCCGCAACCCCUUCGCUGCUCUCUUCAGCUCACUGGCUGAUGCCAAGCAAUUUGCAUCUGGCCAGAAACCCGAACAGUCUGCUGAACCACUGGAGGACUCAGGAGAGAGCCAGUCAGAGUCAGAAAACUCUGUUUCGGACAGUGUUGAUGAAAAUGACGACUCCGUUGCAGAGAUCAGUCGCUCCUUCCGGUCCCGGCAGGAGCUGUGUGAGCAGCUCAAUGUCAAUCACAUGAUCCAGAGGAUAUUUCUCAUCACUCUGGACAACAGCGACCCCAGUUUGAGAGGAGGUAAUGGGAUCCCCCCUCGCUGUGUUUACCUGGAGGAGAUGGCUGCAGAUCUGGAUGGACAGGACUGGCUGGACAUGGAUAACAUAGAACAGGCUCUGUUUAACCGUCUGCUGGUGCUAGAGCCGGGGAACCACCUCAUCUACAUGACGUCAUGCAGCGCUGUCAACCUGUCUGCUGACCGUGACGCUGGAGACAAGUGUGCCAUCCGUUACCUCUUUGCUUGUUUCCAGAGAGCCAAAGAAGAGGUGACCAAGGUGCCAGAGAAGUUGCUGUCGUUUGCUGUACGCUGUAAGAACCUGACAGUUUCCAACACACGGACAGUUCUGCUCACCCCGGAGAUCUAUGUCACACAGAAUAUCUACGAACAGCUUCUGGACUUGUUGCUGGAAGGUUUCCGUGGAGCACAGCCAGAAGAGGUGCUUGAGUUUUUGGAGGAGAUCAUUGCUGGCCUGCUCUCUGACCAGGAGGUACGUACCUUCGGGGAGGUGAUAGUACCGGUGUUGGAUAUCUUCCAAGGACGCAUCAAAGACCUGGAUCUGUGCCAGCCUCUCCUCUACUCCUACCUAGAUGUCCUGCUUUACUUCAGCCACCAUAAAGAUAUUGCCAAGGUGUUGGUGGAACACAUUCAGCCCAAAGACCCAGCUAAUGGUUUGCAGUACCAGAAGACCCUACUGGGAACAGUGUUGAGUAUCUCCUGCUUGUUGAGAACCCCAGGUGUGGUGGAGGGACAUGGCUACUUCCUGAACCCCUCCCGCUCCAGCGCCCAGGAGACAAAGGUCCAGGAGGCCAACAUCCACCAGUUUAUGGGUCAGUUUCAUGAAAAGCUUCACCAGAUUUUGAAAAACCUGCUCCAGCGAUCUAGUGAGACGCGUCACUUGCUGCUGUCGUGGUUGGGCGGCUGUCUGCAGGCUAAUGCUGGCCGGGCCAAGAUAUGGGCCAAUCAGAUGCCAGAGAUUUUCUUCCAGAUGUACGCUUCGGAUGCAUUCUUCUUAAACUUGGGUGCAGCACUGCUGAAGCUCUGCCAGCCCUUCUGUAGGCCGCGGUCACCCAAACUGCUCACCUUUAACCCGACCUACUGCGCCCUCAAAGAGCUGAGUGAGGAAGAGAGGCGGAAUCGCAAUGUGCACGCAAGAGGUCUCGACAAGGAAACCUGUCUGAUCCCUCUGCCCCCUCAGCAGCCGGUGGAGUCUGCGCAGUCCUACAGCCUGCUGACUGAAAACCUCAUCCUCACACAACUCACCAUGCAUCUUGGCUUCCAUAGACUCCACGAGCAGAUGGUGAAGAUGAACCAGUCUCUCCACCGGCUCCAGGUGACAUGGCAGGAUGCCCAGCGAUCAGGCAACCCGAUGUCGGAACAGCUCCUGGAGCAGUUUGAGCGUCUGAUGAUUGUUUACCUGUCUAGCAAAGCUGCCACCACACAGCCCGCCAUGCUGCAAUGCUGCCUUAACCUCCAAGCUUCCACGGCUGCCCUGCUCGUUCAGCUUGGUUUGGGGAACCAGGGGCCUGAACAUGUAGCACUCAGUUUUCCCCUGCCCCCCCUACAGAACACUGUGCUCUGCUAUGUACCAGAGUUUUUUGCAGAAAACCUAGGAGAUUUUUUCGUCUUCCUGCGCCGAUUUGCUGACGAUGUUUUGGAGACGUCUGCAGAAAAUCUGGAGCAGAUUCUUAACUUCAUCACCGUCUUCAUGGGAAACAUAGAGAGGAUGAAGAACCCUCAUUUAAGAGCAAAGCUCGCGGAGGUCCUGGAGGCGGUGAUGCCCCACAUGGAGCCGGUGGCUUCUGGUGCUAUUCAGCCAAUCGUGUUCCAGAGAGAGAGAGUCUUCUGCUCCUAUAGACACGCAGCUCAUCUGGCCGAGGCCCUCAUCUCUGUGUUUGUCGACAUCGAGUUCACAGGUGACCCUCAUCAAUUUGAACAGAAAUUCAACUACAGGAGACCCAUGUAUCCCAUCCUCAAGUACAUGUGGGGCAAAGAGAGCUACAGAGAGAGUAUCAAGCACUUGGCGCACUAUGCAUCUGAAAACCUGGAGGCCAUGAACCCCCCUCUGUUCCUCAGGUACCUUAAUCUACUGAUGAAUGAUGCCAUCUUCUUACUGGAUGAGGCUAUUCAGUACUUGAGUAAAAUCAAGGUCCUUCAGUUGGAGCGGGAUAGAGGAGAGUGGGAAGGCCUGGCCCCCGAUGCCCGGAGAGAGAAGGAGUCGAGCCUGCAGAUGUUCGGACAGCUGGGACGCUUCCACAACAUCAUGUCUAAUGAGACCAUCGGCACACUGGCCUUCCUCACCUCAGACAUCAAGGGUAUCUUUGUGCACCCCUUCCUGGCUGAGAGGAUCAUCUCCAUGCUGAAUUAUUUUCUGCAGCACCUGGUGGGCCCUAAGAUGGGGGCCCUUAAAGUCAAGGACUUCAGCGAGUUUGACUUCAAGCCCCAGCAGCUUGUUUCUGACAUCUGCACCAUCUACCUGAAUCUGGGUGAUGAGGAGAAUUUCUGUGCUACAGUCCCAAAGGAUGGACGAUCGUACUCUGCCACCCUCUUCUCCCAAACAGUGAGGGUGCUGAAGAAAAUUAACAAGCCAGGGGACAUGAUCGUGGCGUUUGGACUCCUUGCUGAUAAAAUAAAGCCCCAUGCAGACAGACAGCAGCAGGAAGAAGAGACGUAUGCAGAUGCCCCUGAUGAGUUCCUGGAUCCCAUCAUGUCCACGCUGAUGCUCGACCCGGUCCUCCUCCCUUCCUCCAGUGUCACAGUUGACCGCUCAACUAUAGCAAGGCAUCUCCUCAGUGACCAGACAGACCCUUUCAACCGCAGUCCUCUGACCAUGGACCAGAUCAGGCCAAACGAGGAACUCAAGCAGCAGAUCUUACAGUGGCUGGAUAAGCAUAAGCAGGAGAGGCAGCAGCUGGGACCCAGUGGCUAGCUGCGAAACCUUGCUGUGAUAAACAAUGACUGCAUCCCUGUUUUCCUUCACAGCUUACAUCUAGCGUGCUCCUCUGCUUCUUGGCUAAUCCAUGUUGUGCUUGCCUCUGUGGAUUUCUUCAGACUAACAUUGCAUUAGCCUUUACAUGCAGCCUUCACGCUCCGUGGAUUCCCUCUGUGAAAAACUGUCCAGGCAAACUGUAGCCCACAGGCUGGUGACGACUUCAAAAUCCAUACCAAUCCACGCAGUAGCUGUUUGAUCCCAUGAUGCCCCAUGGUACCAUGAUGCACCCGCUGAUCUCUCUCCCUGAAUACUGUGUAUUAAUUAGCUUAUUAUUACAAUCAGAACUGUAGCCAGAAGCAUCAGUUUCAACAGGACUUGUUGAAUGUCCUAUAUGAACUCCUGGCUGACCAGCUGGCCCUAACCAGAUUUUAUACUGCAAGGUAAGUAUUUCUGGGAACUCUUAAGGCAGAACAUGGCUGGAAUUGUUAUUAUUUCAACUUGAUUUCAACUUCAUGAAAAAAAGCACUGCCUCUUAAAGUUCUUGAACACCCAAUGUUUCAUCGUAUCUAGUUAAGUCUCAAGCAGCAUUGUAAAUAAAAUCAGCAAUUAAAGGCAACAGCAAAGAUAAAACUAAAGAUUUGUGUGACUGUUACUUUAGUGGAGAUAAUAUAAAUUAAGAUGGAGAUAUUUCAAAUCCUGUUCACUAUAAUACGCACACCAAAGCACAAAACCAUACAGUGUACAACGUUUCUGUAUUUUAACCUAUAUAUCUAAGUGUCUUUGCAUCUUCAAGUGUACCUGCCUUUAAUCAAGCCGUAAUUACAGAUCUCAUUAGGAUCUGAGAGCUUGCUUCCUAAUGGGUUGUUGGAUAAGGAUUUAAACUGUGUUUAAGUUACACAGUAAUCAUACUAAUUUAAAACCUAUGUUCUAUUGGGGGCCAGUCUAACUAAAAUCCCACAAACUAAUACUAAUUAACAUUGUUGAGAUGGGCACCCUUAGAAUGCAAACAAAGAGUGUGUUAGUUCUUGGAUAACACAUUUUUGCUCGCAAUUUGUAAGUAAAAAUUGUCUCAGACUUUAGAAAGCUCCCUUCAGAGCAACAAGAGACAUAAUACAAUUCAUUUCACUGAGUACUCUUCAGGACAUUAAACUCCUCCUUGUGUAAAAUCUCUGAAGUGCCAUUUGGAGAGUCACAGUUAUCCGGGCCACAAUAUAACUAGCACAAAAAGGCAAGAAAAGUAUCAAAACAAUGAUUUCAAAUUCAAAUUGGACUUGUUCAAACUUGGAAACUGUUUUUAAAAUGUCAUCAAAUGAACCUAAACUGCCCACAAAGUCAGACAAAUGUAAAAAAAAAGAAGCCAUGCAGUUGCAGAAAUAUGCUUAAAAAUACAUCUCCAAAGCCUAGUUUUAAUAAUAAUGUAGAGACACAGCAAGACUCGACAUUUGCUGAUGUUGCUUCACAGAGGCGAAACAUACAUUUAUGAAAUGAUAUUCAGCUAGUUUAUUACAAAUAUGUUUAAAGAUCCCAAUAUUUUCUAAAUUCACUCACAACCCUUAAUUUUGUUGAUUUUAAGGUUGUUACAAUGAUCACUUAUUUGGAUCAAAACCUAUAAAAAAAGCUAAGUAAUAGGGUGUUCAAUAAUCUUUGACUGGCAGUGUAUUUAUUCAUUAUUAUCACUCUUUGAAUAAACAUUCACCAGAUUAA